AAAAAAUUUCGAAAAAAUAUAAGAAAAUGAAUUGGGAAGCAAAUGAGCGUAGUGUAGACCCUUCAAAAUAUACUACGGUAAUAUAUUCUGAUAUGGAAAAGUAUAAUCAGUAUUCUCCACUUCUCCAGGAUUAUUACUACGCAAUCGGCUCAGAGCCAAACACCCAGACCAAUGUUCUUCAUAAGAAUGAAAUUCGCAUCGAUCCUCGUAUUGGAACGCAGAACAUUCAAGAUGUCGACUCAUCUUCGUUUGUGUAUAAAUUCAUCAAUCCUGAAGUCCAAGUCAAAUUCCGUGACGAUGACAUCUUGCCUGCAAGUGUUGUCCAAGAUAGGAUGGCCAGACUGCAACACACAGAUGGUCUUGCUGACUCGCUCUCAAGUUCACAGUACUUCACCCAAGCAAGUUCAUCAUCAGACUGUGAGGGUCAGUGCUUGAACGGUGGAAUCUGUUUCAAAGGUGACUGCAUCUGUGCCAAAGGCUACUUCGGUCAGUACUGUCAGGAGCUGACAGCCCAUCCUGGAGAGUACCACGCUAAAGACGCAGUCGAGCAAGAUCCGUUCGGAGACUCAGAACAGAAGCGCAACCGCAAAGACAACGGGAUCAACUACCUGGAGCACACUCCGGAGGCGGAAGUGCCUGCAGACUUCUACUUGACGGAGGCGGAGAAGCAGCAGCUUAACAGCGGCGGCAGUGGCAACAACCAAGGAUUUGUCUAUCCUGAAGACGACAAUGCAGAUGGCUCCAAUGGGAGUAGUGGUAGUGGAGCUGGCAAUGGCAGUAGUGGAAGUGGUCAUGGUAGUGGAAGCAGUAGUGGAAACGGAAGUGGAAGCAGUAGUGGAAGCGGAAACGGUAACUCUAGAGGAAGCAGAAAUGGUAGUGGCUCAGGAUCUGGAAGCGGUUCAGGUUCAGGAGGCGGAAGUACAAGUGGAACAAGCGGAAGUGGAUCUGGUGGAAGUAGAAGUGGGCAUAAAGGACAUGGUGGAGGUGCAGGACCAGGAAAUGAUCAAGGCCUUAAAGGAAGCAGCAAUGGUGCGAAUGGCAACCAUCAAACUCUUAAGGGUACUAACAAUGGCUCAGACCCUUCAUCUGCAGGAAGCGAUGCGUCCAGCAAGUCAAGCUGGGGAAAGUUCUUCUGGUGGUAUUUCUUACUACUGUUACUAGCUUUAUUGAUAGCUGCCUUAUUAUGAGCGCUUCUCUGGUUUUUGGCAAAGCCUCUAGUGAACAAGAUACUUGGUAAAGAUGAUGAUGAAAAAGACUCUAAAAAAUCAAAAGACAAAUCCAAACCAAGAAGACUCGGUACACGUGAAAGUAUGAACGACAGAAGAUCCAAAAGUGGCAACAAAGACACUAGAUAAAACUCACCAUAUUGCCUCUAAUUUCAGCAUUCUUAAC